AUGGAGGCGGACGAGCUAGCUGCCAAGUUCGAAGACAAGCCCGCUGCGCGGGCCGGCGGCAAGGGGGGUCGGAAAGGGGCUGGCGGUGGCAGGCCCGGUGAUGGGGGCAAGCAGAGGGAGAAGCAGGUCUCGAUGGCGCUGUCGAGGCUGCUGCGGCACCAGGCCCUCAACGCGGGGAUCAAGCUGGACAAGGAGGGGUAUGCGCCUUUGGAUCGGGUGCUCCAAUGGGGCGCCCUCCGCACCCUCAACGUGACCGUGCAAGAGGUCAUCCAGGUGUGCGCCGACAACGAGAAGCAGCGCUUCUCCAUGAAGCCGGCAGACGCGGACACGUCCAGCCCAGCCGGCGCCGCCGCGGACACCGACCCGGCGCACUGGGUCAUCCGCGCCAACCAGGGCCACAGCAUCAAGCUGGAGUCGGAGGCGCUGCUGAAGCCCAUCACGCUCGAGGCGGGCAACGUGCCGCCCGCCGUCGUGCACGGCACCUACUUUGCCUUCUGGCCGCGCAUCAUCGAGUCGGGCGGCCUGCGGCGCAUGGGCCGCAACCACGUGCACUGCUCCACGGGCCUGCCCGACGACGAGCAGGGCGUCAUCUCCGGCAUGCGCAGGGACGCCGAGGUCCUGGUAUACGUCGAUGUGGCGCGCAGCCUUGCGGAUGGGGCCAUGACGUGGUGGAUCAGCGACAAUGGCGUCGUGCUCACCGAGGGUGUUGGGGAGGAGGGGGUGGUGCCGGCGAAAUACUUCAAGGAGGUCUCUGGGCGAAAGGAGGACGUUGGUACGUUAUGGAAGGACGGUGAAUGGGUCGCGGAUCUGCCUGAGGACUUGAAGAGCCGGCCGCCUCCUGCUAAGGGUGGUAGGGGCAGAGGAGGCGGACGGGGUGGGAAGGGUGGUGGAAGAGGUCGAGGGAAGGGCGCGUGA